AACACCAAACUAAACAAAACACACUGCCCCCACCAACACCCACAGAUGCGGUCACUGUUUCGAGAUCACUAGUGAAAUGCGGGCUUUUUAUGCUAUCGAUGUCUAGGGUUGGGGUAGAGUCUAGAGGAAGGAAGCCUGAAACCUCUCCGGACUAAGUCCCAUAGUCCCGAGUCCCCUUUAAGAUAUUUGUGCCGUGACCACAGAACCGGAAAGCGGAUGAAAACAUUAGGAGACUGGGUCGUAAGAUCGAACGCUGGGUAAUGACAGUUUCGAGGGGGAUUGUGACACAACUACAUUCCACUCCUCCCAACCGACGCCCGAGUCGCCGCUCCCGCCGCUCCGCGGUGGGGGUAGGGAGCGCAGGGCCCGGACCCAGGUCCUUGGAGAGGGAGCCCACGGUGCCCAGGGAGCCAGGAGGUCCGGUUCUGGGAGGCAGAAGGACCCAGCCAGGACUUUCCAAAAGUUGCCGCGGGGCCUUCCGAUCCCCACGGCCAUCUCCCAAGUCUGGCCCGGCUGAUGGGGCCAGCGAGGAUUCUCCGCACCUUGACAUUCAGAAGCUGAAGGAAAAGAGGGACCUGCUGGACAAGGAGAUCUCCCAGUUAAUAUCUGAAGGCUACAACGUGGAUGAGCUCGAGGACCACAUUUCCCAGCUCCACGAGUACAACGACAUCAAGGAUGUAGGCCAGAUGCUGCUGGGCAAACUAGCUGUGAUCCGAGGUGUCACCACUAAAGAGUUGUAUCCAGAAUUCGGCCUGGACACGAGUGACUGAGCAGAGGCUCACAGCCCCUGGUCCGCAGCCAGCUGGGCGGCCAGGCAUGGACAGGAGAAGCUGUGAGAGCCCACGCAGCGCACCUGCAGGCUUCCGGGCCAGACAGGGGCCCUUUUGCCGACCCCCGGGCCUCUCCCAGC